CUAAAAUCCAGUUCCUCAUUUUCAGAAGCAAUCUUAAAUCCCGAAAUCCCCAAAUUUAAUCAUUCAAUGCGAUCUUGAUCCCCCAAUUUGAGCGACAAUAAUGUCUGAAGCGACUUCGCAGAGCGAAAUUCCGGCGAAAGAUUCAAUUGGCGAUUACUUCCUCGAUCUCUGGUGCCACACUUCCAAAACCCUAGCCCUAAAACCCGAAACCGGUGCCGAAUCCGAAUUGUACGACGAUGAGGAGGAGGAGGAACAGCCGACGGCGCUGGACACGCUGAAUAGCUCGGGUGGGUUCUCGGUGGUGGGCCACGACAAGCUGUCGCUGCUGUAUCCGAACGUGAAUUUGCACGGGCACGACGUCGGAGUGGUGCAGGCGAAUCAUGCCGCGCCGCUGAAGAGGAUGCUUUAUUAUUUUGAGAUUUUUGUGAAGAAUGCGGGGGCGAAAGGGCAGAUUGCGAUAGGAUUUACGACCUCUGCCUUCAAAGUCCGCCGUCAACCAGGCUGGGAAGCAAACAGUUGUGGAUAUCAUGGUGAUGACGGACUCCUUUACCGUGGACAUGGAAAAGGUGAGGCAUUCGGCCCGACUUUCACAACUGGCGAUACGGUUGGUGGAGGUAUCAACUAUGCUACGCAGGAGUUCUUUUUCACGAAAAAUGGAGUUUUAGUAGGCUCUGUCUAUAAGGAAGUUAAGGGUCCAGUGUUUCCUACUGUUGCCGUCCAUAGCCAAAAUGAGGAGGUUACUGUAAACUUUGGACAAGAUCCAUUUGUCUUUGAUCUCAAAGCGUAUGAAGCGGAACAGAGGGCUAAGCAACAAGUAAAGAUUGAUAAUAUCUCAAUACCACCGGAUGCUAGUUAUGGGAUAGUUCGAUCAUAUUUACAACACAAUGGAUACGAAGAGACUCUGAAAUUGCUUGACAUUGCCGGGCAAAGUACUGUGCCUCCCAUCUCUGUAGCUCCAGAAAAUGGUGUUAGUGAGGAGGAGAUGUAUGCGUUAAGUGAGAGGAAGACUAUUCGCCAGCUAAUAAAGUCUGGCAAGAUUGAUGAGACGUUUUCUACACUUGGACAGUGGUAUCCACAGAUUAUUGAGGAUGGCACAUCAACUAUUUGCUUUUUGCUACAUUGCCAAAAAUUCAUUGAGCUUGUUCGGGAUGGAAAGCUAGAAGAAGCUGUACUGUAUGGGAGAAGGGAGUUUGACAAGUUCAAGAAGUCUUCAGCAUUUGAUGAUCUCGUUAAGGAUUGUGCUGCUUUACUGGCUUAUGACCAACCAAGCAAGUCGUCUGUUGGAUACCUUCUAGGUGAUUCUCAAAAGGAGCUGGUGGCGGAUGCAGUAAAUGCCAUCAUUUUGUCCACAAAUCCGAACGUGAAAGACCCUUCCCUUUGCAAGCACUCAUCUCUCGAGAGACUGAUACGACAGGUUACGGUCUGCUUUCUGGAGAAGAGGUCCCUAAAUGGGGAUCAAGGUGAAGCCUUCCGACUGAGCAGAAUCCUGAAGAGUGGUAAGAAAGCUUAAAGCCUGCUCGAGUUGCUGCUGUCAUAUCAACUAUCCUAUGUGCUGCAUCUGGCCGUUGAUAGCAUAUGGUGGUAGCUCGCAAAGAAUCUCUCGAUCCUAUCUUCUAUGUCGACACCGUGUGAUUUGAGUGCGCAGAAGGUAGUAGCUGAAUGAAUUGGGGUUAGCAUAAUACUGUAAUUCGAGAGAGAGACGAGUAAAUUUGUUUUGUACAGGUUGAAAUUCUCUUUGGUUAUAUUCCAUAAGUAUGUACAUGAACUUCA